GCUUCUAUCGCCCGACCGAGCGGGCCCUCCUUGCCGCCGCAGCUCUGUCCUCCCUGGAGGUGAACCUUGAUGGCGGCGAGGGCUUUGGUGUUGGCCUUUUGGCGGGGGCGGAGCUGCCGGCGCCGGAGCGCCCCGCGAGCUUGGAUCCGCUCUUCGGUCCUCUGGGAAGAUCUCCGGUCGCUCGCGAACGGGCUUUGGACGCCUCGCAGUACCUCCGCCUGGCCAUCUCCGGAGCCGUCUGCAGCGCGGUGGUCCGUGCGGUGCUGCAGCCUCUGGAGGUCGUCAAGACCACUCAGCAGCCCCCGUCCUCAGAAGUGCUCAGCCCUCCCAAUGACAAGAAUGCAGGGGAGACGGGGGACUUCCAAAGCACGGCGAAGAGCCUACUGGAAGCCGGAGGCUUUGGUGCUCUGUACAAAGGGACGGAUGCUACAGUUCUCGCCACUGGUGUCAUGGGCUUUGCCAGCUUCGGGCUGAACGAGCUCUUCAGGCUCAAUGGGCGGAGCCUGGAAUCAAUGACUGGUGACGCAACCGGUCAACCUAGUGCCUUGCUGGUGCUUGGCGCAUCGAUUGCGGCCGUGUUCGUUUCAGACUCUUGGCUGAACACAUGUGGCCCUUCCCCGAAUCUCGUUUCCAAGGGUCGAAAAACGCUGCGCAUCGCUGCGCAGGGCUUCAUCGCCGCACCCUUUGAAACCUUGCGCGUGCGCGUGAUGGCCCCCACGGAGAGCCGCUCCUGGGGUGACGUGGCGAGAGAAGGGAUUCAGUCCUUUUUUCUCCAGCGGCAGUUGGGUUUCGGGUUACAAGGCCACGAGGUGCAUGACAAAAGCGCGCAGCACAAAUCAGGAGAGUUGGCCACCGUGAGCAAAGGAUUCUCUGAGCUUUGGGCAGGCCUCGGGCCCUUCUGGGCUAGGGAGAUUCCCUUCUCUGCAUGUUCUCCGAUUCUGGGCUCUCGGUGCCGAGGUGGCCUUUUCAGCUUGUUCCCGGCGGCAGCGGAUGCCGCGAGCCUGCAGAUCUCGGCUGUGGCCGGCGCCAUCGCCGGCCUGGCCUCCGCCGUGGUCUCCAACCCCGCCGACGUCAUCAUAACACAGAUCUCCUCAGCAGAUGCUGCAGGUCGCAGGUCUCCCGGCAAGCUCGAUCUGUGGAAGGGCCUGGGGGCUCGCAGUGUCUACUUUGCGGCCAUUUGCGCCCAGUUCCUUCUGUACGACUCUGUGAAGGAGUUGCUGGGCGUGGGCUCCGGGGACCUCCAGCUGGUCCUCGAUGUCUUCGGCAUAUCGCAAACUGCUGAGAGCCUGCUGGGCUGA